UUCCCCGCUACUCCAUUUCCUCUCUCCUACAAAAAGUUCACUUAAAAAGGAAAUGUAGGAAACGUGCUUUUGACUUGAACUUAGAGACGACAUGAAGCCGGCAGCUAGCCCAGCCGCGGCGGUCUCCACGCAGCCCGCGACUUCCGAUGGGGCCCCCGACCAGCCCGCCGGUUCUACCGUAGUCCUGGUCGAUACGGCGGAUGAGAGCACGGAGCCACCGCGCGACUACAUCAUCUUGUCGCUCUUCUCUUUUGUCUACAUGGGGAAUCCUUUCUGCUUGGGACUAGUGGCGCUCAUCUUCUCCAUCAAGGCCAGAGACCGGAAAUUGGUGGGAGACAUGGAGGGAGCCCAAAGGCACGCCUAUACUGCAAAAAGAUUCAACCUCCUUGCCUUGUGCUUUUUCGGCCUUUCUAUCUUCGUUAUAGUCCUUGUAUAUGCUUUCUUGGUUUCUAAUGCAAAACGCCGCCGCGUGUAAAUUUCAAGGUUGUCACCUCACCUCAAAAUGUCCAAUAAACAUGUUUGUAUCAUUUGAAACGUGCAUAAGCCACAAA